AGAGUUGGCACUCUAUAAAGCGUUUUAUGUUUCAAAUGUUUCAAUCCACCUCUUUAUAUAAGGUUAUGUUUCAAAUGCUUUUCAAGUUUUCUUGCGCACUAUAAACAUAAAUGCAAAAAGUAAUUACUUGAAUAAUCGUGAAGACGGUAAUUACCUUUUUUUUUAUCAAUAAACAUGCCUCGAAUGCCUAUGCAUCCUGCCUCUGGAACAGGUAUUAUUACGCCAUUCGCUAAGGCGAUACGACUCGUCCGUUUUGGUUGCACUAACCGACCAUUUUAUCACGUUGUUAUAAUGGACAUUAAUAAACAACAAAAAGCACCACCGAUAGAACAAGUUGGUGUAUAUGAUCCUAUUCCAAAUGUAUACAAUGAGAAACUAGUGUCGUUCAAUUAUGAAAGAAUACAAUAUUGGGUCGCUAAAGGAGCACAGGUAUCUAAACCUGUUGCGGAUUUAUUGGGACUUGCUGGAUUCUUACCUAUUCAUCCAACAACAUACAUGAGAGCAUGGAGAAAUCGCAGAAUUAAAAAGAAAAGUGCUGCUGAAGAGAGUAUAUCCGAAGAGCAAGCUGCAGUAUCAGAGAGUUAAGAUAUUAAAAUAUAUUUAUUUUUUAUAGUGAACAUUCGUUUUUUGUACAUUUCGUGAGACUCAUUAAUAAAAUUUUUGUCAAAUUUU